GCUGUUUCUGGGCGGGGAGUUCGGAAGUCCGAAGUCCGAAGGAGGUGGUGUUGCUCUUUGACCUCUGGGGGACCGGGUUGCACUACCGUACCCAUUCAAUCUGGGUUUUUUAAGGUGGUGUGGCGCCCAGUGUCCCCGACUGGGCCGAGGCCAGGCUGAGCUCCGCAGCUUGUACGGCUACGACCGCGGGGCUUCACUUGUGGCCAGGUGCGCCGGUUCAGGAUCACCGACUUGCGGUGGCAUCGGGACUGCGGGGACUCAAGGUCUGCUCGGACAGGUGUUUUAAAAGAAGAAAAUCCUAAGUUUAGAACCUCAAGUCUAUUGAAGUCAAUUUCAACAAAGUAAAAAACGGUCAGUUUUGGGGCCAGCAAGUGGCGUGGUGGUGGAGGUGCUGGACUGCAAUGGCUGGCUGGGCUCCAGCCCUGGACCCGGAGAGGAGCUCAUGCCAGGUCAUGGGGGGUCAGGAGCUGCCUGGGGUCCUGGUGUCUGCACUUGAAGGUCCACGUGGCGUAUGUGAGGGUCACGUCGCAGAUCUGCAGAGACACUUCACUCUCAUUACUGUGAAGGAGUUUUUGGAAGAUAGGACCCAGCUCGGGCCGAAGAUCCAAGCGAUAUACAUCUGGGGCGGGAAGCCAGCUGUGGACCGGAUGCUCCUCCAGAGCCUGCCCUGCCUGAAGGUCGUUGCCAGCUCAGGGGCGGGCGUGGACCACCUAGACCUGCCACUCAUUGCCAGCUUUGGGGUGAAGGUGGUCAACACCCCGCUGGCUGUCUCCAGCCCCACUGCCGACCUGGGGAUGGCUUUGCUGCUGGCAGCUGCUCGCAGGGUCCUGGAAGGACACCAGCUGGCCAUCUCACCAGACACGCAGGACUUCGCUGUGAACUGGAUGGGCCAGGAUGUGGCAGGGGCCACUCUGGGGAUCGUCGGUAUGGGCACCAUUGGCUACAAGGUUGCUCAGCGGGCCAAGGCAUUUGAAAUGGAGGUUCUGUACCACAACCGGCACCGCAGGGCAGUGGAGGAGGAAGCGGCUGUCGGGGCCACAUACUGUGCGAGGCUGGAUGACCUGCUGUCCCGCUCGGACUUCCUGCUGGUGGCCCUGAGCCUGACACCCCAGACCCGCGGGCUGAUUGGCCGGAGGGAGCUGAGGCUGAUGAAACCGACCGCCAUUCUCAUCAACAUCAGCAGAGGCCUGGUGGUCGAUCAGGACGCUCUGGUGGAAGCUCUGCAGACCGGGGUCAUUGCAGCUGCGGCGCUGGACGUGACGUUCCCGGAGCCUCUGCCAAGAGACCACCCUUUGCUGAAGUUGAAGAACAUCAUCCUGACGCCUCACAUUGGAAGUGCGACCCACCAAGCCAGACGACGGAUGAUGGAAAGCUUGGUUGAGGGCAUCCUGGCUUCUCUCAGUGGCCUUCCUGUUCCCAAUGAAGUGCUUGCCUGAGUGAUCUGUAUGGACUGAAUUCAGAGGGAUGAAAGCGGCAGACUAAAUGGGGAAAAAGGGACAUUUUCUAUACUUUGUACAUGUUAGACCCACCAUAUAGACUUGUUUAUUAUGAUUCUAUUAUGAUUCUGGCUGGAAAGCCUUGAAAACAGGAGGAGGAGGAGUGACGGCCAGGACCGGGCCAGGACCGGGCCAGGACCGUCCGAGGCUCUAUGCCCCCAUCUGCCCACUCCUUCCUGACAGCGCUCAGGUGAAGUCUGCUGUUAUCAUUCAUAAUGAAACAGCACAGGUACUAUCCAGUCUUAGACUGAAUUUUGUUUAAAACCUUGGGCUUGGUUUGAAUUUGAAUUAAAACCCUGAGUUGUGGGCCAGCAGGUGGUAUGAAAGGGCUGGAUUCCCACAUGCCUCACUGUAUUUGGAGUCCCAGACUGGGCAGCUCAAAAUCACAA